CCACCACUCGACUCCUCCUCGCCGCCGGCCGCCGCAGCGACAGCAACAGCGAUGCUCCCCCUGCGCGCGCGCCCGCCAGCCGCCGUGCCGCUCUCCUCCUCCACCACCUCCGCCUACUACAGUUUCCCCCUGCCCUCCUCGUCCUCCUCCUGCUGCACGGCCGCGCGCUGCUCCGUCGGCUCCUCCGCCAAGCUCUCCGAGCCCCUCCGCUCCGACUCCGAUCCUUGGGGUGCGGACCAGGGCGUGGUGGCCACUACUGACGACGGCGAGCAACGAUUCAACAAGGAUGGGCCGGACAGAGAUCGGAAGGGCAUCCACGUGCCGCGCCAGCGCUACAUCGCCGUCCCCAAGGCAGCCCUCCUCGACGCGGUCCUCUCCCAAUUCCCCUCCGAAGCCGACGCCGCGGACUUUAAGCGCUGCGCCAGAUGCUUGGACGCCAUCCUUCACGCCGAGCACAAGGGGAUGCUCGAGGAGAUGCGCACCUCUUACAUGCUCACGCAGCGCCACCAGGAGGAGGACGACUAUCAGACGGGCAGCUCCGACGUCCAAGCCAUCGUCAACGGCAAAACCUCCUCUGGCUUGUUCGGCAUCACCCAAGAGGACGGGACAUUAUUCCUUACCAGAAGCCUGGGCUUGAGAACUCUGCUCGGAUUAACCCCACAACCUGGUUCGGACACAAGAGCUGCUUUUGCAACUAAGUUCCAGCGCUCCUUCAUGAACCUUCUACGCAAUGCUCAGUUUGAAGAACUCUCUGCGCAAGAUUUGCUCUUGACAUACGCCCUAAACACUGACUACCUCUUGACCUUGCCAAUUUAUGUUGACUGGAAGAAGGCAGCUGAAUCCAAUGCAAUAAUAUUCAGGCGUGGGUAUGCCACGGAGAGGCAGAAAGGGCUCCUAUUAGUUGAGAAACUCGAUUACCUGCAAUCAAAACUCUUGCAGAAUAUCUUCUUCAGCCUCUCCAAACCCUUGAAAAAGCCAGGGAAAUGGCUUAACGAGGCUUUGAAAAGAUCAACAGGGAACCAGGGAUUUCAGAUCUGGAUCGAUAAAUUAAGAGAAUGGCUUAAAGAGCAAACCUACGCAGAUAAUUCACUGUUCUUGAUAGAAAACUCUUCAUGGGACAAGCUUAGUUCUGAUCAGUUACCCGAUGAUGAUGUUCCUAUUUGGAUUGCUGCACAAAGGGCGGUGUCUCGUUACGAAGGAAUUCUAUCACCUGUUGGUCCUCGUGGUAGAUUGUUAAGGAGAUUGCUUACAUGGACUGGCUUAAUACCUUCUCUGCCUGAAGCAACGAUAAAAACUGAUGACGAAACUAAACAUCUUGAAGGACAUGUAAGGCCAAAUUUUCUACCGAGAAUUACCCUUGCAAAUAUAUGGGAACCUGCAAGCAGAGAAUCUUGCAACAACAAUUUUUGGGAGAUAGUGAAAGCUUCUUUUCGUAUCUUAUUUGGGAGGUCCACUCUUCAGGAACCGGCAUUCCAAGAGUUGAUCCUAUUAUAUACCGAUGAAACUGCUCAAAGUGAAAAGAAGGAUAAAUACGAGAUGUUGCCCCUACAACUAAAAAUUUAUGAGAAGAUUCCGAUCCCAGAUCUGCCAGUGGUUUUUCCCCACAAGAAGUUGUCCUUCCGCAUCCUAGAUACAGUAAGGCUGGACAUAGCUACUGUAAUAGGUCUGUUGGCAUACGUUGUCAACUACAAAUUUGAGAGUUUGGCCUCAUCUCCAUCAGCUUUUCUCCUUGAUGUAGUCGCUCUUAGUGCACUACUGAUACUUGUGUUCCGUGUAGCACUAGGCUACAAACAGACCCGGGACAGAUACCAGCUUCUUGUGAAUAAGACUUUGUAUGAGAAGACAUUAGCAAGUGGGUUUGGUUCAAUUUACUUUCUUCUGGACGCUUCUGAGCAACAACAGUAUAAAGAAGCACUGUUGGUGUAUGCCAUGUUGCUGUGCAGAAAGAAGUAUCAGGUGUCAUCUCGAGCAAGCAUCAGAGAUACAUGCGAGCAAUUCAUGUACGAGAAAUUCAAGGCGAAGAUUGAGAUGCCGAUUGACAAGGCAAUAGAGACGCUUGUGCGGUUGGGCUUGGUGAUUGAGCUUCCAACCAAUGGUGGGUCGAGUGUGAUUGGCGUUCCAUGUUCAGAAGCAUAUGGGAUCCUGAGAAGCCGGUGGGAUAGCUUGUUGGAACAGAGGACAGAGCAAGCCUGAUGUAAAUCCUGUCGAUGGAAUGGAUCACACCUGAGUGUAGUCCAACAUUGCAGCGACCUGAGGCAAAGACCUUGCAUUUGAGCCCUGUCGAUUCCUAUAGCAACACAACUACAGUAACUCUGGUGGUUGUACAUAAUACAUGGCUGGCUAUUCGCGUGGAGCAGAUGCCAAAUUUGGGCGUCAUCAGAAAAGAGACGACCUGCUGGUCGAGAGAUGGCAAAUGCAAAUGAAGCAGUAAACAGAAGAGGUAUAUAUUAUAUGAUGGUGGUUGCAGGGUGAUUAGAUGCUGCUAAUAGGAUUAAUUAUACUAUGCGUUAUGUACAUAACAUACAUGGUCAGCAUUUUCUUUUCUUUUUUGCGUUGGACAAGCGAUAUAUCAGCAUUACUGUUGGUGCAUAGAUAUAUCGCCAUUAUUACUCUACUUCAUCUCGUCUCGUCUCAUCUGGGCCUGGUUACGUUGGGCCCUGGGAAAUCCUCUAGAAAAAAAAACUAGUCGUAAAUGGAUAAAUCUCUGGUCCGAUGCCGUUGUAACGAAUUUCCGUGCAUUUCUCCGA